AUGGUUGACGUAUUUAAUGUUCAAGUCUUUUUUGUUGUGUUCAGAGAAGCUUUGGAAGCUGUUAUUGUUGUUUCAGUGCUUUUAGCAUUUGUCAAGCAAUCGAUGGGCUCUUCAGCAAACGGUCCAGAACUAAAGAAAAAGUUGUACCGUCAGAUUUGGCUUGGAGCAGGGCUAGGUGUCCUUAUUUGUAUAAUCAUUGGUGGUGCUUUCAUUGGUACUUUUUAUGGGUUAGGUAAAGAUAUUUGGGGAAAAUCAGAAGAUUUAUGGGAAGGUAUCUUUUGUAUCAUUGCUACUGUCUUGAUUACUGCUAUGGGUAUUCCAAUGUUGAGAAUCAACAAAAUGAAGGAAAAAUGGAGAAUCAAAUUAGCUCAGGCUUUAAUUAAAUCCCCAGAAAAUAAGAAAAAUCGAUUCAAGUUGGGAUAUCUUGGGAAAAAAUAUGCCCUUUUUAUCUUGCCAUUCAUUACUUGUUUGCGUGAAGGUUUGGAAGCUGUUGUUUUCGUAGGAGGGGUAGGUAUUACUAGUCCUGCGUCAUCUUUCCCAAUCCCAGUUAUUGUUGGUAUAAUUUGUGGUCUUGCAGUAGGUGCCUUAUUGUACUACUUUGGUUCCAACAUGUCAAUGCAAAUUUUCUUGAUCAUCUCCACUUGUAUCUUGUACUUGAUUGCUGCUGGUUUGUUCUCCAGAGGUAUUUGGUUUUUUGAGAGUUAUCAAUACAAUAGAAAAACUGGUGGUGAUGCGGCUGAAAAUGGUUCUGGUCCUGGUACAUAUGACAUUGCUAAAUCUGUUUGGCAUGUUAACUGUUGUAACCCAUUGACGGACAAUGGAUGGGAUAUUUUCAAUGCUAUUUUGGGCUGGCAAAAUUCCGCCACUUAUGGUUCCGUCAUUUCUUACAACGUCUACUGGAUCUUCAUCAUUUGUGUUUUGUUAUUAAUGGUAUACGAGGAAAAACACGGUCAUUUGCCAUUUACCAAGAACUUGACUUUGGUCCAAUUGAACCCAAUGUACCACAUCAAAGGUAAGAAGAAGUUAGAAUUAAACAAAGCUGAAAAAGAAGAAUUGUUCACUAAACUUCAACAGCAAAAGUUCGGUGACGUUCAAGAAACUGAUGAAAUCUCAUCAAAUAAAUUAGUCGAAACUCCAGAAAAUAAAUAA